AUGUCGUGCCCCGUCGCGCACAGCAGCGCUGAUGCGCCUCCCCCCGUCCUGCCCAACGGCGCCAACGGCGUGCCCAAGGGCAUGUGCCCCGUCGCGCACACCUCUGACGGCGCCGUCCCCGAGGGCCACCCCGCCAUCGCCUCCCGCCCUUCGCUCGAGAGCACGAACAGCUCGUCCUCGGACGCCGCCAGCUCCAGCUCGGGCAUCACGACCCCGGACGAGGACGACGAGUUCGGCGACCUCGACUACUCGGCCCCCACCGCCGAGCUCCUCCGCGAGGGCACGAAGCGCGCGCACACCAAGGCCGAGAACUCUGACGGCGCCAUUGCGCUGACCCAGGGCCAGCUCGAGCUGCAGGAUCUCAAGAUUGGCCACCGACCGCAACUUGGAACACCCGGCCCGGCCGGUGACGUUCGUGGCAUGGUGGUUCAGUUCCAUGCGCUCGAGCGCGGCCUCGACGUGCACGCGCAGCACCCGGUCCUUGCGCCGACUUACAACCCGGAGCUGCUCCGCCGCGCCGACACGCUCGCGGCGGACAUCAAGUUCCUCCUGAACCGCCUGCCUGCGUGGUCGCUCAAGCCCUCCGGCCGCAAGCACGGCAUCAAGGCUCCCUUCCCGAUGCCGGCGUUCAUCGAGGAGGUCUUUGUGUCCACCCCGCCCCGCCUCACGCGCUACCUGGACCGCAUCAAUGCGCUCUCGGGCGACGAGCGCAAGUGUCCCCUUCUCCUCGCGCACGCCUAUGUCCGGUACCUCGGCGACCUGUCCGGUGGCCAGAUCAUCGGCGCCAAGCUCCGCCGCGCCUACGGCCUGGACGGUCUCGAGGGCAGGCGGUUCUACUACUUUGACCUGUCUGACGACACCUCUGCCGCCGUGACGGGCGAGGAGACCGUGGGCGAGCGCAAGAAGAAGCUCGCAGAGGUCAAGAACUGGUACCGCCGCGGCAUGAACCAGGGCGGCGGGGACGACCGCGAGCUGAAGAAGGCGCUGGUGCGCGAGGCGAACGACGCCUUUUUGCUCAACACUGAGAUAUUCGCGUUGAUCAACCCCCCGCCCCGCGCCAAGAUGCGCUACUUUGAGAAGAAGCAGAUCGAGGAACAGCGCCGCCGCGACCUGAACCCGCCCCCCGUGCUCUCGCUGACGGACCACGUGAUGCGCUUCGCCGUCUUCGUGCUCUGCGCCCUCGUAGGCCUCUACGCCGUCCAGGCCGCCCAGCCCUAUGCCGAGCCCUAUGUCAAGCCCGUCGUGGACAAGGCGACAGACUGGUUCGAAGCAAAAGUCGUCCCCUGGUGGAUCGAGAAUGAACAGCUGCUAAGGCGCAUCGCAGCGAAACAGCGCAGGUUCUUGCUAUAA